AUGAUUUUGGCAGUUGAUGGAUCAGUGAAGAUUAGCCGUAGAGGAUUGGGUAUCGACGAUUUUGUGAAACUCAAGUGUUGUUUUGACAACCACAUAGGAAAAUGCAUUCCUGGAGAUGAAAGUGAAGAAAACUGCUUAACAUACAUAAUUAAAAUGUCUUAUAUACCUACUACGUACAGCAAUAAGAUGGUGUUCUGUCAUCGUACCCUGAGUCUUUCGGUGAUUGGUUGUUCGACCUCCAUACUCAUGCUUGACUCACUAGAUCUCAGGGGUUGUGUGGAGAAUUGUCAGGAGACGGGUUGUGUUGGAAGUCAACAAUGCUUUCAGCAUUGCAUAUUCACCGCUGAUGGUAACAUUUCUGAUGGUCGGUGGUACCUCCAAGAACCUCUCUAUCUGAAAUGGAAACAAUGGGAUUGCCACAGUGAUUGCCGCUACUAUUGUAUGCUUGCAAGGGAGGAGGAAAGAAGAAAGCUCGGCGAGAAGCCUGUCAAGUAUCACGGAAGAUGGCCUUUUCGUCGUGUUUAUGGAAUUCAGGAACCUGUUUCUAUUUCUUUUUCUUCACUCAAUCUUGCUAUACAAUUUCAUGGUUGGAUAUCUUUCUUCAUUCUUAUCAACUACAAGCUGCCUUUGACGGAUAAUCGAAAGACGUACUAUGAGUAUUCUGGCCUUUGGCAUAUCUAUGGUGUCCUAGCAAUGAACUGUUGGUUCUGGGCUCCAGUUUUCCACAGCCGGAUUUUUCAAGAACAUUGCCUUAUUCACCGGAGGAGAUUAAUGAGGUGAAAGAUUUUUGGGCAGAUUACUUCAUGAACAAUGUCGACUUUUAGCUUAAUUUGUAAUAUGAACUCGAUCUCUAGCUAGAUACCUUUGUUGUAGUAAUUUUAUGUUUGUUGUAACAUGUUGGUUGAUCUAUGACGAAUUUAAUUGCCUUUUAUUGGGAACGUUAAUUACGUUGUAAACUAUUGUGACAGGUAUUAUUUAUAAAUGUAUUCCCGGUAUUGGGAAGCGUCUACUUUCAAA